UUGCAUCAUACUCCUUUUAUGACAAUCUUUGUCUUCUUCUCCAACACCAACCUUAAAAAUCAAUUUUACUUCACUGCCACUUGUCUUGUUUCUAAUCACAUACUCCCUCUUUAUUUCCAUCUCUAUGCUCUAACAAAUUCAUUACAUUACACCAUCUGUAAAUAAAUGCAGCUCCUACUUUCAAAAGCUUUCCUUUUUUUACAUACAACAAGAACACUUUCUUCUUUUUCAACAAUGGCUAUAUCUACAUCCAGUUCAAUUUCUCUUUCUUCAAAACCCCGUCUUAAGGGUGUUGUAUUUGACAUGGACGGAACCCUAACGGUUCCCGUUAUUGAUUUUCAAGCCAUGUAUAAGGCUGUUCUUGGUCAUGAUGAGUACCUUGCCGUUAAAUCCAAGAACCCUUCUGGCAUUGAUAUUUUGCACCUCAUUGAAAAUUGGAGCCCCGAUAAGCAACGUCGGGCUUAUGAAAUUAUUGCUGAUUUUGAAAAACAGGGUCAGGAUCGCCUCCAAAUUAUGCCUGGUGCUGCAGAACUUUGCAGUUUUCUUGAUUCUAAGAAUAUUAGAAGGGGAUUAAUCACUAGAAAUGUCAAAGAUGCAGUUGACUUGUUUCAUGUACGCUUUGGAGUGAAAUUUUCUCCUGCACUGAGCAGGGAAUUUCGUCCUUAUAAACCAGAUCCAGCUCCAUUGCUGCAUAUUUGUUCAACUUGGGAAGUUCAGUCUAAUGAAGUAAUGAUGAUUGGGGACAGCCUUAAAGAUGACGUUGCUUGUGGCAAACGAGCUGGAGCAUUUACUUGCUUGCUCGACGAAACAGGAAGGUAUGAUGCUCCAGAAUAUGCAAACGUCGAACACCAACCAGACUAUAAGGUGUCUUCUCUUGUUGAGGUUCAGUCACUGUUAGAAAGACAUUUCGAGCUGACAUCUUGAUUUUCGCAAAUCUUCGGAACCCCUUCCUGGCUGAGCAGUGAGAUACGGUUUACCUUCGUAAGCCUCCACAUAGUGAUCCUGCAUGUAUGUUUCCUUUGGCUUCUGUAAGCUUAUAAGCAACUUUGCUCAAGUGAGCUGGGAUGUUUGGGAUGGUGAGAAGAACGUUCGUCUUUCAAGCCAAAACGAGGGAAGAUAAAUAUUUGUCUGCUCUUGGUGCAACUGGUGAUUUACAAAAAGGAUAGCUUUUUAUCGAUUAACCAGUUUAGUUUGAGGUGUAUCAGGCAGGACAUUGUCAUGUAAACCAUAAUGUAGUGUUUUUGUCACCUCAUUGAGGCAACUUAGGUAUCAUAGCUCUCCCACCACCCAACCCUCCUAUGUCUUCAUCAAAUUCCAACUAUUUAUUUUGUAGCAGUAGCUAAAUUUCUUAGGAAUUAGUGUGUACUUGUUAUUGUGAGAUUUUCUUUUAUUUCAGAAAUCAGACCAAAGUGGUCUUGAGUUCAGGAAACUGUACUAAGUUAGUUCAUAGGGUACUAGUCUGCCUACUGUAUGCAAAACUCUUGUAAGCCUCUAAUGUAAUUCCUCAAUUUUAGUUUUUGAGUCUUUUAUUGAA